GCUGCCGCUGCUGGUGGAGGUUAGUCUGCGUGCUGCACUCGAAUCGCGUGGUGGACGCCACGUCGUCGUUCGGUUAUCGGUUUUCGCCGGCUUGUUGCCCACAAGAAAUCACGAGUUUACGAGUUUUUGGGGGUGGCGAUUCCAGCCCGCUCUGGAACGGCCUAUGGCAUUGGCGAUGUGUGCAGAACAUGCUGCAACAUAAAUGAAGUCGAAUUAAAUCCGCACAGGAUGCACAGUAAAGUGAAAAUAUUGCAAUAAUUCUCAUUCUUUGGCUGCCGCACAUUUCCGUAUGCCUUUCAAGUUCGAAACGGAAAGUAAAUGAAGCGAAGUUCCACCGGCAAAAAAAACACACACACACGGUACGAAUCUAGCAAGGAUCAACAGGAUUUUAAUUAAACCACAACGAAUUCACUUGAUGGCCAAACAUGAGUUCGCAAAAAAGCAUCGGCCAUCCACGUUGUUGCUGUUAAAAUUCCUUACUUGCAUAAAAUAUGAUAUUCAUAAAAUUUUAAUAUUGCCAUUUGCGUUAAUUAAACCAUGAGCAAUUCCAAUCACCGGAGCCACACAAAGCCAGUCGCUUAAAAAUGCACACUCCCAAGUGCCGUCGUCCGAGCAUGUCGCCAACGCUUUCGCACAAGGACCUCGCAGGACUCGCCGGCUGCUCGGCGCUCGCUUUUGUCCUGUACCUAAACACACUUAACGCUGGAUUUGUCUACGAUGACAGGCGCGCCAUCUUGGCGAAUGGCGACGUGACAGGAGCUCGCCCAUUGGCCAAUCUUUGGCGGAACGACUUCUGGGGCACUCCCUUGAUGGACAGUGGAUCCCACGGCUCCUGGCGACCGCUGUGCGUGCUCAGCUUCCGGCUGAACUUCCUCGCUGGCGGAAUGGCACCCAUGGGCUAUCACCUGGUCAACGUAAUGCUCCACUGUGUGGCCACGUGUCUGGUGGUCCUGGUGGCGACCACGCUCCUGCCAUCUCGAAUGGGAGUCCUGGCCGCCGGCGCACUGUUCGCCGUCCAUCCCGCCCACACGGAGGCGGUUGCCGGCCUGGUGGGCAGGGCGGAUUUGGCCGCCUGUGUUUGCUACCUGCUCGUCUACCUCUCCUACCGUCGGCACAUGCUGAACCGCGAGUGGGGAUCCCUCAUUCUGACCAUUGUCCUGGCGCUGGCGGCACUUCUCUGCAAGGAGACGGCCAUCACGGCGCUGCUCCUGUGCGGAUUGUGCGAUGUCCUGUCGCCUGUCGGUCGCGAAAACAGCGAUAAGCACCGCUUGCGUUCGCUCAGCAUUUUGGGAUUUACACUAUUGUGCGCCCUCUACUGUCGACUGAGCCUCCUGCCACGCCCCUCCACCGCCUUUUCGGCCGCCGAUAAUCCGACGGCCCAUGAAUCCUGUUUUUGGACAAGGACGCUAACUUUUCUGUACCUGCCAGUGGCCAACUGUCGCAUUCUGCUCUGGCCACAGGAGCUGAGCUUCGACUGGGGCAUGGAGGCUGUGCCGCGGAUCAGAACGCUUUGGGAUGCCCGAAAUAUCCUGACGGCUGGCUUCUACGGAACCUUAGUUGCCUUACUGUGGAAGGGAUCUGGACUGCGUAGGUCAGCCACACCGAUGGAUUUUGCGGAGGUGGCGCACAUUUCGCUGCCCCUAUUGAGGCGAUUGGGCGCCAAUAGCUGCCACACCUGGCUGGGCCUCACCUGCGACUGCCACCAUCAGCUCUCUGCCCCCAGCUAUCGUUCUGCGUCAGCAAUCUACUCCACCUCCUCCGCCUCGAAAAGCUGGACAGCAUGGACAGCAGCCCCCAUCUUGGGCACUGCCUUCCUGGUGUUGCCGUUCCUGCCCGCCAGCAAUCUGCUCUUCUACGUGGGAUUUGUAAUGGCCGAAAGGGUGCUCUAUCUGCCGAGUGUUGGCUAUUGUCUGCUCUUUGGCCUCGGUUUCGGCCGUCUCUGGCAGCGCGUCAAUAGCUCCCGGCGCUCCCGGCUGAUGCUCCUCUGCGGCCUGGCACUGCUCCUUGGUGUCCAUGGACUGCGCACCUGCAGGCGCAACUGGGAUUGGCGGCAUGAGGAGCAGCUAUUCCGCAGCGCCAUCGCUAUAAAUCCUCCAAAGGCUCUGGGCAACCUGGGCAGCGUACUGAGUGCCCAAGGAAGAUACGAGGAUGCGGAACUCGCUCUGAGGAUGGCCCUUGGACACCGGCCCACCAUGGCUGAUGCUCACUUUAAUCUGGGCGUGGUGCACCAGAAGCAGCUGAACUUCAGCUCGGCAGUUCCAUGCUUUCGCAGGGCCAUCGAAUUGCGACCCCAGCUGGCGGUGGCCUACUUGAAUCUGGGCACAUCCCUGAUCUCCCUGGGCGACCAUCGGCCAGAAGCCAUCUCGGUGCUGCGGACCGGAGCUCGUCUGGAGGGGAAUGGGGUUCGGGAUCGGGGGGCCCACGUGGAGGCACGCUACACCUGCUACCUGCAACUGAGUGUCCUUUACCGCUCCGAAGGAAGACUGCGGGAUGCUGCUGCGACGCUGAAGGAAUCCCUAAAAGCUCUGCCUGUGCUGCCUCAAAGGCAGAGGGCGGUGCUGCAUCUGCGACUCGGCGAAAUCCUGGCGGAGCUGCAGGAUUGGGCCGAGGCCGAGCAUCAGCAGAGACUGGCGCUGCAUUUGCAGCCGGAGCAGGGGGCAGCCUAUGUCACCUAUGGCCAGACGCUGGCCAGGAAUGGCAGUCGCCUGGCGGAGGCAGAGUCCUGGUUCAAAAGAGCACUGCAGUUGGCGCCACUGGAGCCCAGUUCGCAUCAUCAUUAUGCCGACUUCCUGGAGCAGCAGGAGCGGCAUCACGAAGCCCUUAGCCUUCGCUUGCGAGCCGCUGCCUUGGCGCCGCAGGAUUACAUCCUGCAAUCCUGCGUGGCGGAUGCACUGCGUCUGCUGAAUCGCCUGGCCGAAGCGGAGCUGUGGUAUCGAAAGGCGGUCACCCUGCAACCGCUGGCUGCCCAUGCCCAUGCCAAUCUGGGCGCCAUCCUGCAGAUGCGUGGUCUUCGGAAGGAAGCAGUGGCGUGCUACCACAAGGCCUUGGAGCUCCAGCCAGGACAUGCCAUCAGCCGAGCAAAUCUGGCCAGGAUGAGUGUGCGCCAGGACGAGAACGAAUGAGAAGCGGUGGAGUCACAUGUUAGGAACGCAGCAUGUACAUAAAUUUUAGAUAGAAGAGUAUAUAUUUUGUAAAA